AUUCAAAGACUUUUAGAGCUUAACAGUGAUCGAAUAAAAUAUAAGCGACAAACAAAAAAUUUGUUUGUUAGUGAACAAUCACAAUAUCUUCAAUUAUUGCUACAACAUGCAAUGCUUCCUAAUAACUGUGAUAAAACAAAUAAACAAUCGAGUUUAUAUCAAUUAUUAACAGUUAAUG